AUGACGCCUUUUGAUGUUGCAAGUUACAUCGAGUCUGUCGAGUCGGGAAAUACAUUUUCCUCAGGACCCACGCUGUCAUCUUUGGCUUACCUCGUCUCUCUAAAGCCUGUGAUUUAUGCAAGAGGCAAAAGGAGAUGCGCAAGACUAAAAACCUCGUGUCACUACAAUAACAAUGGGAUUCAACAUCAAGUAGCAGUCGCGGGAGGGACUAGAAGAACAAUCAAAGGAUUACUUCCAAGUCUUUCGGAGCCUUCUCCCUCUGCCACCGGGACUGCUACACUAGAGGCUCCCGAUGACAAGAUCCCCCCUUCUCUUAUCAAUAUCCUGGUUGAACUGUACUUUAAAAACGUCUACCAGUCCAGUUUACUGCUACAUAAAGCCACAUUCAUAAAGUCACUUGCAAACUCAACUGUGCAACAUCAUGUGCUUCUCAGCAUGUGUGCUUUGGCAGCUAAUUCUGAAAAACUAUUUCGGUUCGAAGCAAUCGCUGAUGUUGAAAAUUUGCCGUUACCCUGGCCCGACAACAACUUCGAGGCAGGUACGCCACCUACUGAUAUAGCAACCAUCGCAAAUGGAGUGGUGACUGGGAGUGAAUUUGCCGAGUCUCAUGUUGCACCUGCGGUCAGAUGCAGAGAAACUAUUCUGAGCUCCCGUAUCCAACAAAUAUUUGCUAUGGAGAGCAAGAUCUUGGCCUGGUGGUCAAGCAUCCCUCUUCACUUCAAACUUGACGCGUCCGCAAUCCCGAAUGCGCAUCAUGAAUCAAUGCCAAAAAUCCUCCUAACUAAUUUUGUAUAUCAUCAAUCACUAUGUGCUCUGCACUCUUCGAUUGUACCGUUGUUCUCGUGGUCCAAGGGCGAUACUUAUCAGUCGUCAGCACGACAGCUUUCAGCCCAAAUCGCGUUUGAACAUGCAGGAGCAAUAUCUAUUCUAAUAAGAUGUAUCCUGAGAAGCGCCUAUUCUAUGAGCUCCAUGCCAAUAUUCGUCGCAUACGCAGCGUAUUCCAGCUGCGCCAUACAGAUACCUUUCCUAUGGUGUUCCGAGCCGGCAGUCAAAGCUCAAUCUAGAUCCAACGUGGAGUUAAACGCGAAGAUCAUCCAAGGGAUGUCAUCGUAUUGGAAGUUAGCUUCUCUUCUAAAAGUCUAUGUCCGAUGCAUUCACGACGUUCAUAAGGCGAACCCUCCGAAUAUAUCUAAUGAACCCAGAUACACGGAUUCCUCUGCUUUCUUACACUUUGGAGCCGAUUCGGAUCUUGCAAAGGCGUCAAUUCUCGAGUUCACGGGAAUAUUGAGAUCGAGUGAGGGCGGUUAUGUAAAACCAGGAGAGGAAAGUCGAGACCUAAUGACCGGGAAAAUAUCAACAGAUUUGUCGGCUCAGAUGAGUCUUUCGAGUAAUGCCAGUCUUGAUGAGAUGGUCCACGACACACAUCUCGAUAUCUCAACAAUGGCUGCCCUCGAUUCUCAGGUCACCGAUUUGUCUGGUUUCAGCAGUGAAUGGCCAGCAUUGGAUGUGAUCAACUCACUCAUGGAUGCUGAUCUUACUAGUGCAUUUGCCAUGGACAAUAAUAUUGACCUUGCAGGUUUUGAAACGGACUUUUUGACUUGGGACACACUGGAUAGCACAUAA